AAAUUUUAAGGUGUCAGGGGGUGCACAAUUAAAUCAAACGUCAGCAGAGAAGAAGAUUUGUUUCUUUUGUUUUAUCUUUUUACACCACUCUUUUUGUGAUGUUCUGUCAGUGUGAAAAAGGCGUGGGAGAAAUAAAGGACGCAUGUGGAACUCACAUCAAUAUGUUUGUUUCCUCCUCCAUUUCGACGUUGCACUUCCUGAAAAAGUUGUCCAGAGUGAGCAUCGAUGCAGACUCGCUAUUUAAGGGCUGAACAGUCCACUCUCCCUCCGCACUACGCGGUUUGGGAUGGCCCUUAAUAUGGAGGACCCUCCGCGGGAACGCGCAAACGGAGGGGUAGUGUGUAGGGAUAGUGUGGAGGGGGCGGUUUGGGAUUCAGCCGAAAUGUCUCACCCCUUCAAAAUUUGCGCGAAACAGCGCGAUGUGACGUAACGAGGCCUCGCUGUCGAUAGUCACGUGAUUGUGGGCGUGCUGAAGCAGGGAUCAAAACCGUCUUGGAACACUUACGCUUCCACAGAGGGAGGCAGCUGUCAGAAGGCAAUGCGCAUUGGACUGCCCAGUGCUGAGACGCUGCAAGGUGGAUCCUUUAAAGCUUUGAUUUUGACAAUACUGCUGAGUGUGUUUAUGUUCCAAGUGCUGAGGACUGUUGGACUGAGGGCGUUCUCCAUGGCAUCUGAGACGUACACGUCGGGCACACACUGUGCCGCCUUCGUCACCUGUCCAAACGACACAGUUGCUAAAGAUUUGGCCAGGGGUAUUGUGGAAAGAAAGCUAGCUGCUUGUGUCAACGUUGUCCCAGCAAUUAAAUCUAUAUAUGAAUGGCAGGGGAAGAUUGAGGAGGACAAUGAAGUGCUUCUGAUGAUCAAAACGAGAAGUUCCAAGGUGCCUGCUCUUGCCGAAUACGUCCGUUCUAACCAUCCUUAUGAGGUGGCUGAAGUCAUCAGCCUGCCUAUUGACCAGGGCAACCCGCCCUACCUGAAGUGGAUAGGAGACAUUGUACCUGAGUAAGGGUGGACUGACAGAUGAGUGGAAGAAUGAACAGAUCAAUGGAUGGAUGUAAAAUUGCAUCUGAAAUUACUGUGAAAUUUGUUUUAAAACACACACCCAGUGUUUCAACAUAUUACAUAUUGUGAACGCUGCCAUCCCAAUCUGUACCAUUGGUAACUGCAUAAAAGCUGGGUAGUACAAGGUUCCCCAUUGUGUGACUUUAUUUUUUUGAAAUGAAUAAAAAAAACAUUUUCUAACA